AUGGGUCCUCCUGCCGGUACCAAUGCCAAUCCUGGCAUGAAUAACGCCGGUAGCGUUAACAGUGGGCAGGAAGGGGCGGAUCGUACUAGAUACGUUAGAUCUAGGAAGCGAUUUAAGGUCUACACCUGGAAAUAUAAGAAAACGAUCACGCCAAUCGCAUCUUUUAUUCUUUUAGUGAAUCAGAUCUUUGGAUUUGGGAUGAACUCGAUUCCGUCGGUAAUCGCAGAGGGCGGGCUCCUCCGAGUCUUCCUGGCGAACCUGGCGACCUGCAUCAUCGCGUGCAUCUGCUCACUCAUGCUCCUGAAGUCGAUGACAUUCAUCCCUCACAACUCAAACUUUCAGCAGCGUAUCGAGUACAACACGCUCGUGAAGUACUACCUGUCCGACUUCUACUUCAAGAUCAUCUCCUUCCUUCACUACAUCGGAGACUUUUGCACAAUUGUCUGCGGCAUCAUAACCUUCUCGAAGCUCGUGGACAUGCUGUUCAUCAAGGCCUUCGGCUUUACGCUGGCACUGCAGGUGUACCCGCGGCUCACGAUGGGCAGGGUGGGCCCGGACCUGUUUGUGUACAUAUACGAGACGACUGACCCGAGUCGCCCCUUCGGAGUCGUCUGCAUCACGCUCGGAUACCUGAUCUGCACGCUCAUUUGCACGAAGCUGAGCUGUAGCUCCCUGGAGGAAACGACGCACUUCCACGUGACGUCGUUCCUGAUCCUGCUGGGAUGCUCAGUGCAGCUGUGCGUGUACAGCUCCCUGAAGGCCGCAGGCUCCCUCGGAGCGGGCGCGAAGGUAGGCCGCAAGGGCUUCCUGGAGAUCCUGCUGACCUUCGUGGACAACUACAGCCUUGCCAGCACGCUGCCGUCGUGGGCCAACGAGAUGACGAACCAGGUCAAUCCCACGCAGACGAUCUGGCUGUCUUCGCUCUUCGCCUUCUUUAUAUACCUGGUGCUCGGGAUGCUGUUCAGCAAGACGUUCUCGACGCUGGGGUCGACCUCGAUCCUGGACGACAUCCUGAACAGCUCAUACAACUUCUUCGUCAACUGCUCGAUCUCGCUCUUCGUCAUCGUCACCUCGAUACCUGACGUGGUCUUCGGGUGCAUCUCGCUGAGGUACAACCUGCUGAACCUGGGUUACCUGAACAGCAACUACUCGUACUUUUGGGGCUGCGUCUUCCCCUUCAUGUUCACGUGGCUCCUGGUCAACGACAAGUUGUUCCAGAACUGGCUGGGCAAUUUGGGCCUGAUCUCAGCCCUGAUCUGUGACUUUUUCGUGCCAGUCCUGCUGUACACCGUGGCCUAUAGCCGCGACUACUCGGACUUCACGAAGCUCAGGAGGACCAGCAAACUCCAGAUCGUGAGUGGAUGGUUGCACAGCAGGCUGGGCUACCUGUACAGCACCUCCGGCACCAUGUAUAAUAGGCUAAACACCGUGUACAAUAGUUUACUGUCGGCGGUUAGCGGGUCCGGGUCCAGCGGUAAGUCCCUGCCGCGACGCGGCACUAAGGGUCACCAGGCUAACGUGCCAGAGGGGCUUGAGAAGGGAGAAAGUUCAACCACAAUCAGCUCAGCAAGUGACAGCACUUACAGCAGGGGCGACAGUGGCGCCUCGACCUCGAGCACGGACACUGCGUCCGUGCUCGAGAGAGGCGUGAGUGGGAUGGCGAGGCCGCAUUAUGGAGUGGACAGGUCAGGAAGCAAGGAAAGCACGACCAGCGCAAGCAGAAAGGACACCGGCAACUUUAGGACCUUCAGUGCCUUCCUGUCUCGCGAUUCCUUUAUGUCAAACAGGCUGUUCAGAGCAGGCAACCGCCUGUUCACGGGAACGAACAGACUUCUGGGAACGACGUUCAGUAAAAGUAUAUCGCUAGGGUCGUUUGGGCGCAGCUUUAGCAGUAUUCUAAAUAGACGUGGGACUGGAUUUACUAACACCACUGACACUGGAUUCACGAAGUCAGGAACGAAGGAGACAACGACCUCGGAGGUGGAUGGAGAGGGAGGUAAGGUUGGCGAGGCAGAUAAGGUUGGAGAAAGUAGAACUCGUGUUAGCAGGUUUAAUACGCUGAGUGGAAAAUUCACUAAAAGCAUCUCGUUCACGUUCGGCAACAAGUUUUCGAUGGUGUCACAUAGGCUCAGCAGCAGGUUCACCAACAGGCUGACCACGUCGGGCAGCGCGACGGGCACAAAUUCCAUAAACACCAGUUUGUCUAAGCAGUUGUCGAAGGGACUGUCCACGAGUCUCUCGGAGACGCUGAAUAAGAGCCUGGGAGCGAGUCUGACGACCGGGUUGAGGAACACGAGCAGCAUCAGCCGGAACCUCCGGAAGACCAUCUCCCAGAACAUCUCGAAAAGUUUCUCCAAGAAUUUCGUGAGCACGACCGAGGUGAUGCUCGGAGACGGCACGAUCGACCGCUCCCAUGAAGCUGAAGGGACCAGCGAUGGGAGCAGUAGCAGCUCGAGUAGCAUAGAGGGUGCCUACGUGGCCAGCUCGGCCGAAGGGCCGCCGACGGCCACAGGCACUCGAACCGGCAACGUCCAGGGGUUAACAAAAAAAGUAACUAGAAGAACAGAAUGUGAGUCGCAUUCGGGAUCCGGUAGAACAGUUGCAACUGUAGAUGGCCACCCGGAUCUGACCCAAGACAAGCCGGAUCGUCCUGGGUCGGGGGAUCACACACACGAAGUAGCCCUUAGCGAGGAACCGCGAAGUAGCGUGGACUACAGGUCCUUCAAGAUCAUACGCAACUCGAACGACUUCCGAAAGACUCACGACGACCUGUUCAACGCAGUCAACAGGCCCUCAAAAAUCGUCGUGCCCGACACACCAGGGGAGGGCUCCCCCCAUAAUCCUUUUUUUGCCCCUGCCACUGCUGGGGCUUCCGAUGCCGCCCCUUCGGGUGCCCGGGGGCUGACUCGUUCGGAGACCAGCGCCAAGGACCAGAACCGGGGGCACUCUUCGGGUGGGAAACGCGACAAGCACGGUUCUGGUGCCUCCAAGGAGAGGGUUGUGGUGUUCCCGAGGCCGCUGCACCGGUACCACCUGGCCAUCGCAAAGGUGAUGAUGGUGUCGAUCAGUAUGUUGACCCUGGUUGUUCCGGGUUUACACUUUCUGGUCGUUAGCGAUUAA